ACACUUUUAUGCAAAAACUAUUUCGUCAUGUAAAAUCUACACUUCAAAUUUACUUCCCGGUUCCUAUUCCCGUUUAAAUUUUCAUUUGUCUCUUCUCACCUUCUCCAUCGAUUCAUCCAAAAACACAUUCUUACAAAUCAAAAUUUCUUCAGUAGUCAAAUAAUUGAUCUGCUCUGAACUUCAUCUUCCUUCUCUCAGCCGAAUUUCUCCGGUAACUAUGUCCGCCGGAAUGGCAACAAACUCCAAAGGCCAAGCAUGGUUUUGCACCACCGGUUUACCAAGCGACGUGGUGGUGGACGUUAACGGCAUGACCUUCCAUCUCCAUAAGUUUCCUUUAAUGGCUAAGAGUAAAAAGCUUCACGAAUUGAUUACAGAACAGGAGGCAAAAUUUACUCCUGAUACAGUUACAGACGAAAGAAAUUCUGAAAAUGAAGAGAAGGAAGAGAUCCAGGCGGCGGCGGCGGUAGCGGAGGACGAGGAGCUGUACUGUCAGCUCAGGUUUUCUGAUUUUCCGGGAGGCCCGGAGACGUUUGAGAUGGCUGCUAUGUUCUGUUACGCCGUGAAAAUCGAGUUAUCGUCGUCAAACGUCGCUUCUCUUCGUUGUGCUGCUGAAGUUUUAGAAAUGACUGAAGAGUUCUGUGAAGAUAAUCUCAUUUCAAAAACCGAAAGGUUUUUCUCUCAAACAGUGCUUCAAAGUUUAAGAGAUUCAAUCGAAACGCUGAAAUCAUGCGAAUGUUUGAUGCCUUUGGUGGAAUCUCUCGGCAUUGUUGAAAAAUGCAUUGAUUCCAUUGCUACCAAAGUUUCCGCCAUGGAUCCGUCUCUGUUCAGUUUGCCGGAGAACGAAGCAACGCCGAUUGCUGGUGGCAGAAAUAUGGGAACCACCACCAGAUCCACCGCCGGGGGAGAUCGGUGGCUUGAUGAACUCACAUUCGUUACUUCUCCUCUUUUCAUCCGUUUGAUUAUCACCAUGAAAAGUCAGAAUCUGAAUCACGAAAUUAUCGAAAACUGUCUUCUUCUGUACGCCAAAAAACGCAUCCCAGGGAUCAAUCGCACCAAUAGGAAGCCAUUACCAUCAUCUAAGCCUUCAGAGAUUGAACAAAAAGAGCUUCUGGAGACGAUAAUUACAAAUCUUCCUGAACAAAACUGCACACGAUCUUCAACGACAGUGAAACUAUUUUUUGGAAUGUUAAGAACAUCAAACAUUUUGAACGCAUCAGAUGACUGUAAAUCGAUUUUGGAGAAGAAGAUCGGAUCUCAAUUCGAACACGCCACACUCGAUGAUCUUCUUAUGCCGAGUUACUCCUAUCUCAGCGAGACAUUAUACGAUGUGGAUUGCGUCCAAAGAAUACUAGCACAAUUCCUCGAUUCAUCGGAAGACAAAACAUCGGCGUUAAUGCUCGUCGGAAAAUUAAUCGACGGUUACCUAUCAGAAAUCGCAUUAGAUGCGAAUCUCAAACCCGACAAAUUCUUCGAACUCGCCGUUGCUUUGCCGGAACAAGCGAGGCUCUACGACGACGGACUCUACAGAUCCGUCGACGUCUACAUCAAGGCACAUCCAUGGAUAACAGAAUCCGAUCGAGAAAAAGUAUCCGGAGUAUUAGACUGCCGGAAACUAACACUAGAAGCAUGCACACACGCCGCCCAAAACGAACGCCUCCCACUCCGAGCAGUAGUGCAGGUGCUGUUCUUCGAACAGCUCCAGCUCCGGCACGCAAUCGCCGGGACACUAAUGUCUGCAGACAUGGCCAUGGCUCUGACCCAUUCUGACUCCGAUAAGUCACCAACAACUACACGACAUGGAGUAACAGAACACGACGAAACGGUGGUUACUACCGGGGAUGAUGAUGAUGACGAUGUGACGUGGAGGGCGGCAGUGAGGGAGAAUCAGGUGCUGCGACUAGGUAUGGAUACCAUGAGGACGCGCGUGCAUGAGUUGGAGCGUGAGUGCACGACGAUGAAGAAGGCGAUUGAGAAGAUUGAUAAAGUGGGGCCUGAUGGGUGGAGGAAGAAGUUUGGGUGUAAAUUUAAAACGCAAGUGUGUGAUUCGCAUGAGCAAACGGUUGUAGAGACUCGAAAGGGGCGGAGGACUCAUCGGACUCACCAUCAUCAUUCAAGUCGAUAAUUAUUCAAAGGGAGUGUAAGUUGAUACAAAAAAAAAAUUUUAAUUAAUUUUGAUUGUUGUUUGAAGUAUGAAGAAUUUAAUUUUGAUGAGUCGUUGCUGAUGAA